ACCUUUAUUCACCAUGAAGAAGAAGAAGAGUGAUGGAAACACGGCUCUGACAUGGCAGCUUUGUGUAGCUGGUAUGUUCAUGGCGGGUAUUCUGUAUGUGAUUGUUGACAAAGAUGAGCCCGAGCCGGCAAGAUGUGCAGAGGUCUGUAGAGGUCUCGCGGUCAAGACAGGAUCCAGGAAGAUACGAAGUGACACCUACAAGAAGUAUGACAUUGCCCCCGACAAAGCAUUGCGCUUGGAACAUAUGUUGGAUCAGAUAAUGAAAUCCCACAUUCGACCCGAUGAUGACCAUUAUGGUUAUAAUUUAACUAGGAGUGACGAGAUACCAGUCUCACGAGAUAUCAAAGACGCGAGACCCAAAGAGUGUCUUGACAGGACGUUUAACUACACGUCCUUUCCAACAAUAUCCGUCAUCUCCCCGUUUUACAACGAGGCUCUCACCCCCCUAGUGCGUCACGUGCAUGCCCUGCUGACCCGGACCCCCCCGCAAGUGCUGCUGGAGGUCCUGCUGGUGGACGACAUGAGUACCUUCAGCUACCUGGGUCAGGACUUGCAGGAUUACUUCAGUCUUCUUGAUCCUAGAAUUAAACUGCUUCGCAACAAGCAGCGUGAAGGUUUGAUACGGAGCCGGUUAUUUGGGGCUGACGUUGCCCGGGGAGAGGUGCUGGUAUUUCUGGACGCCCACAUGGAAGUGAACCACGGCUGGGUGGAGCCACUACUUCACCGCCUCGGGGAGGAGGAGGAGCUGGUGCUUCAAUCAGAAAUACCGCCCAUAUUGUCGGACACAUUCGACAUUGACACUGGCCAGACUAUAGACCAUAGAGGUGGAUUUGGCUGGGAUAUGAGUUACUUAUGGUUUCCUCUGCCGCAAUAUCUAAACCAGUUCAAGAGGAGCGACUUUGCCCCAGUCCCAUUCCCUGUUCUACAAGGCGGUUCUAUUGUAAUAACAAAGUCCUACUUCGAGGCUCUGGGACGCUUUGAUUCCGGUCUUGCUAUCUGGGGAGGAGAACAUUUUGAGAUGUCCUUCAACGUGUGGAUGACCGGGGGCAGGGUGGAGCUCAUACCCUGCUCCAAAGUGGGACACAUCUUCAAAGAUACAAAGAUCAAUUUCGGUUCUGCGGAAAGGAAUUACGUGGUGGCCAAGAACAACUUACGGGUCGCUGAAGUCUGGAUGGAUGAUUACAAAGAGUUGACGAGGGCGGCUAUCAGAGCUUGGCAAGAUCCUGAACCUGAGUUCUCCAAAGCUGAAUGGGAGUCCAUUGAGGAAAGACGAAGACUGAGGUGGCAAAGGAAGAGCAAGAGUUUCUCUUGGUUCCUGAAGACUGUCCUCCCAGAACAACCUGUGCCAUCAGAAGACGAUGUACAGUAUGGCGAGGUGGCCAGCUCCUUGACCAAACACUGUCUGUAUGUGGCUGAUACCGGACGCUUAGGCCUCACGUCAACUUGUAUGUCGUUUGUUGUCGUUGUUAAAGAGAACACAUUUUCUGUUGAUAGAUGGGGUAGGUUUAAACACAAGGAUAAGUGUGUGGGCUUCGACCAAAACAGCUUUUUACUUACCCUCACUCAUUGUCCGUAUGUGGAAGGAGACCUAGCUAUGCCCAACUGGACGACAAACAGUGAGGGGGCACUUAUUUACAAUGGUCAGUUGGGGCCUCUGUGCGCCACAUUAGUGCAGGCAGCCCCCGGGGUGGGGUCCGACAUGGUCCAGCUGCAAACAUGUGGAUCGAACAUGGCGGAACAAAAAUGGUCAUUUAUGUAUCAUUUCAAGUACUGAUACUUUUCUGUUCUUUAUUGUUAAUGAGGUGUAUAUUUUUUCUGUUAGUCAAGCUUGGUUAAGUCCAAGUGGUUUUAACAUUUUGCUUGAAGCUAAAAAUUAAAAAAAACACCAAAACACGGGGCCACCUUAACUCCAGAUAUCCUGACCAUAUUGCUCUUCUGUGGCCGACAAAUCCCCAUCCCAAUAGUUCAAUAAUACAUUUAUGAUAACAUGUGCUCCAAUUAGCAAUCUUCCAGCUUUCUGCCGUGGGAAGUCCGGAUGUCGUGAAGGCCAGGUGUGAUGGGGAUGUAGUGGAUGCAGAUGAAUCAAUCAAAUGAUGUGGCAAACAUGGAAACUGCCGACAUAUUCUGUUUGUGUACAGGUUAUGUGAAUACUGAUGUUCGGCGUAAUGAAUGAGCGGAAUGAAAAUAGUUCCCAUCGUGAAGAUUCGAAGUGUUUUCCGAAAUCACAAGGUCUUGCAAGUUGAAACGAUGUAUAGGAACAAAGUGGGGGUAAUCAUGCAAGUAUAAUAAACAAGUGUCUUUUAUUUUUGAAUUGGAAAAAUAUAACAUUUAGUUCUCUGAAACCUCAAAAUUGAACCGACACGUUUGAGGUUUUGCAAAAGCAUAAUGUGGCCUGAAUUAGUUUGUGAAUAAUGCAAACUGUUUAAGCACCAUCUUCCCAGAAGCCACAAGGCACCAAAAUGGGACACAUAUAUAAUCACGGCAUUUAAAUGAAGAAGAUAACUUGAAAUCGAAAUAAUAGACUACCAUCUAAAUGUUGGAACGAAGCCGAAAGGAACGGACGUCGUUGAUCAUGACGUAAACCGCAGCCCAAGACCAUGAGUAUAGACAGGCCAAGUAGCAUAAUCAAGGCGCAUCGAGCGAGUCGAACGCACGACCAGCGGACCCUUGCACUUCCAAGAGACACACGGCCGACCCAUGUGGGUUGAGAAUGAAUGGGAGAAUGCGUUAAAUGAAUGAAACACUCAUAAAAUAUGAAAAUAACUUGACCCGUAUCCAAAUUUGUUGGCUCCAGAUCAAAACAAUUUAGUAG